GAACAUUACAGAAGACCAGUCAACUCCAUGAAUGUAUUUCAGGGGAGAAUGAGACUAUACUUGUUGUUUGUGCUGGGUUCGGUUUUCUCAGAUUGCUUUAGUGAAGUCCAAGAGCUGAAGGUGGAUUUGGACUUUACUGGAGAUGAUGUUCUGCAGAUUUACUCCCCCGACGCCCAGCACUGUCAGCUCGCCUGCACACAACACCAUUCCUGUUUAUUCUUCACAUUUCUCCGAGCGGAUUGGAGCAAAGACGACAGGACAUUCCUCUGCUACCUGAAACGCACAGCCACUGGGAUCCCGUCUCAUGUUGCAGACCUGAAGGGUGUGACCUCAGGCUUCAAACUCGUGCCUCAGGCCUACAAAACACAUACCUGUCUGUCAUCUACAUAUCAGGAUGUAGAUUUCCCAGGAUUAGAUUAUCUCCAGUUGACCGUAAAUACCUCUGAUGACUGCCAGAAGCAAUGUACCCGUGAUCCAGACUGUAAUUUUUUUUCAUUCACAACAGAGACCUUCCCAGAUGCAGAAACGAGGAAAAAAUGCGUUCUAAAAUUCCGCUGGACUGUUCCACUACCAUCGGUACUCAUAAAAACACCCGGUCUCGUGUCAGGUUUUUCAGAUGCGGUGGUUAAAGAAGAAUGUAAGGAGGAGAUCUUUGCCAACACACACUACCGAGGAAAUGACUUUGAGAACGUCCCUGCUGCCUCACCUCAACACUGCCAGUUCCUGUGUAGCACACAUCCCCGCUGCACCCAUUUCACAUAUACGACUUCUAAAUAUUCUACUGAGCCCGAGGUCAAUAUGCAUUGCUUCCUGAAGCAUACACAAGAUGUAAGCCAGCUAGUGCCAGUUAGAGAAGAAGAACUUUUUUCUGGAUUCCCCGUACGAAAUUGCAAGCCCUCAAAUGUUUGGGCUACAACACGCUAUGAAGACCUUCAUUUCUUUGGCCAUGAUUACCGUGAUUUUAAAACGGACACGUCUGAGCUCUGUCGAGAAAUGUGCACAAAAGACCAAGGUUGCCAUUUUUACAGUUAUGUCCUACCCUCUUACCGUGAUAUGGGCAUCAGGAAAAAAUGCAUUCUAAAAUUCCGCUGGACUGUUCCACUACCAUCGGUACUCAUAAAAACACCCGGUCUCGUGUCAGGUUUUUCGGAUGCGUUGCAAAAGACUAAUGGAUUUAAAGAAAAAUGUAAGGAGGAGAUCUUAGCCAACACACACUACCGAGGAAAUGACUUUGAGAACGUCCCUGCUGCCUCACCUCAACACUGCCAGUUCCUGUGUAGCACACAUCCCCGCUGCACCCAUUUCACAUAUACGACUUCCAGUUAUUCCAGUGAUCCCAAGAUCAAUAUGCAUUGCUUCCUGAAGCAUUCACAAGAUGUAAGCCAGCUCGUGCCAGUUAGAGAAGAAGAACUUUUUUCUGGAUUUCCAACACGAAAUUGCAAGCCCUCAAAUGUUUGGGCUACAACACGCUAUGAAGGCCUUCAUUUCUUGGGCCAUGAUUACCGCGAUUUUAAAACAGACACGUCUGAGAUCUGUCGGGAAAUGUGCACAAAAGACCCAGAUUGCCAGUUUUACACUUAUGUCCUACCAUCUUACCGUGAUGAGAGUAUCAGGAAAAAAUGCUUUCUAAAAUUCCGCUGGACUGUUCCACUACCAUCGGUACUCAUAAAAACACCCGGUCUCGUGUCAGGUUUUUCAGAUGCGGUGGUUAAAGAAGAAUGUAAGGAGGAGAUCUUUGCCAACACACACUACCGAGGAAAUGACUUUGAGAACGUCCCUGCUGCCUCACCUCAACACUGCCAGUUCCUGUGUAGCACACAUCCCCGCUGCACCCAUUUCACAUAUACGACUUCUAAAUAUUCUACUGAGCCCGAGGUCAAUAUGCAUUGCUUCCUGAAGCAUACACAAGAUGUAAGCCAGCUAGUGCCAGUUAGAGAAGAAGAACUUUUUUCUGGAUUCCCCGUACGAAAUUGCAAGCCCUCAAAUGUUUGGGCUACAACACGCUAUGAAGACCUUCAUUUCUUUGGCCAUGAUUACCGUGAUUUUAAAACGGACACGUCUGAGCUCUGUCGAGAAAUGUGCACAAAAGACCAAGGUUGCCAUUUUUACAGUUAUGUCCUACCCUCUUACCGUGAUAUGGGCAUCAGGAAAAAAUGCAUUCUAAAAUUCCGCUGGACUGUUCCACUACCAUCGGUACUCAUAAAAACACCCGGUCUCGUGUCAGGUUUUUCAGAUGCGUUGCAAAAGACUAAUGGAUUUAAAGAAAAAUGUAAGGAGGAGAUCUUAGCCAACACACACUACCGAGGAAAUGACUUUGAGAACGUCCCUGCUGCCUCACCUCAACACUGCCAGUUCCUGUGUAGCACACAUCCCCGCUGCACCCAUUUCACAUAUACGACUUCCAGUUAUUCCAGUGAUCCCAAGGUCAAUAUGCAUUGCUUCCUGAAGCAUACACAAAAUGUAAGCCAGCUCGUGCCAGUUAGAGAAGAAGAACUUUUUUCUGGAUUUCCAACACGAAAUUGCAAGCCCUCAAAUGUUUGGGCUACAACACGCUAUGAAGGCCUUCAUUUCUUGGGCCAUGAUUACCGCGAUUUUAAAACAGACACGUCUGAGAUCUGUCGGGAAAUGUGCACAAAAGACCCAGAUUGCCAGUUUUACACUUAUGUCCUACCAUCUUACCGUGAUGAGAGUAUCAGGAAAAAAUGCUUUCUAAAAUUCCGCUGGACUGUUCCACUACCAUCGGUACUCAUAAAAACACCCGGUCUCGUGUCAGGUUUUUCAGAUGCGUUGCAAAAGACUAAAGAAGAAUGUAAGGAGGAGAUCUUUGCCAACACACACUACCGAGGAAAUGACUUUGAGAACGUUCCUGCUGCCUCACCUCAACACUGCCAGUUCCUGUGUAGCACACAUCCCCGCUGCACCCAUUUCACAUAUACGACUUCCAAAUAUUCUACUGAGCCCGAGAUCAAUAUGCAUUGCUUCCUGAAACAUACAGAAGAUGUAAGCCAGCUCGUGCCAGUUAGAGAAGAAGAACUUUCUUCUGGAUUUCCAACACGAAAUUGCAAGCCCUCAAAUGUUUGGGCAACAGCACACUACCUGGGCCUCCACUUCUUGGGCCAUGAUUACCGCGAUUUUAAAACAGACACGUCUGAGAUCUGUCGGGAAAUGUGCACAAAAGACCCAGAUUGCCAGUUUUACACUUAUGUCCUACCAUCUUACCGUGAUGAGAGUAUCAGGCAUGGAUGUUACUUGAAGCAUGUCAUGACUCUACCCAGACCUGAAAAGGUGGUGUACAGGCGUGGUGUGGUGUCUGGCUUCUCUCUGAGGAACUGUAAAACUAGUGACUCAGCGUCUACAGCCCACCUUGCUUUGUUGGUUUAAGUGUUACCAAAAAAAGUAACAAAAUGAUUUACUUUUAUUAUAUAGAUUUUGUCAAGCAGUUACACAUAAUGACAGUGACUCAGCAAUAUUUUAUUCCAUUUUAAAAGUCAGAGUACUUACACGUAAUGUUUUAGAUAUUUUCCCAGUUAAAGAAUGGUUUUAUUUGUUGUUUAUGUUAGAAGUUGUCUUGGGUCUGGGCCAGGUUGGGGCCCCAGAAGAUACAAUGACAUGUAACAUUGGACUAUUGACAUUAAACAGUGUGGGUCUGCCUGUGCUUCUUAAGGACUGACACCUUUCACAUAGGUCUUUUGUUAAUUAUGUAUGGGAACAAUUGCAGCCACUAUAUACAAUCAUUUGCCUGAGUAUACAAAUUAUAUUAUUUUGUUGUCUAAUAGUUAUCCAGCCAAAAGGUGCUUUCAUAAUCUCAAGCCAAUAUCUAAGCACUGUCUUAAGUAUUGUCUUGUUUCACAAAGCCACCAGACUUUGCCCUGCAGUAUUCUUACUGUUGUUUGGAACAUUCAUCCUUGGCUAAUAAAAGCAUUUCACAGCACAUCAUUAUACCCAUCAGUUGCAGAGUGCUGAUUUGUAAUCGUCACAUGUUUUUCCCCUUUGUUUCAUAAAGAUAAUACCAUCAAGAUGUGUAAGGUGAGAGAAAUGAAAACAAAGAGAAAAUAAAAACUGCACUGUAUAAAAGUGUAAACUGCUAUUAUCGAAUAAAGGCUAUUGAAUCUAAUGCCCUCUUGCAUUUAGUGAGGAACGUCCUUUCAGCUGAAUAUAACUCUGUUACAUUCACUCUGAUCAAUAUUAAAAAGCUGAUUAUCUAUUAAUGCUUGAUGAUGAACACAAAAAUAAAUCUUUUCAAGUUCA